UGUGAAUACUCAAAUUUGCAGAAGAAGAAACCGAUCUGCAUCAAUUGUUUUCUUUCUACACAUCUAGCAGUUUAUAUUUUUGUCAAUUCAUAAACAUUUAGCUGCUAGGUGACUAUUUCAUAUUUUUAAAAGAGGUUUUUGUGUUGUGUUUCGGUUGUACGAUGGCAGAUGCAUGGGAUGAAAUCAAAGCAGUAAAGACCAAACGUAAUACACUGCGAGAAAAGUUGGAAAAACGAAAGAAAGAACGUGCCGGCUUGCUGUCUUCGUCGCCAAAUAGCGUCGUUGAUACAGCUAAGGAUUCAUCUAACCCACCAAUAGAAUUAGAGGCAGAUGCUGAAGCUGAGAAGGCGGUUUUGCAGGCUCUCUCUUCCACCACACUUGUGCUUCCCAUUAUUUCCACACAAUUAAUAGAAAAAGUUGCAAUAUUUUUGGAUAAAACACCUGCACAGCAAGUAAUCAAUUACACUCUGAACAAAUUAGCCGAACAAGGCGCUAUUAACAUUAAGAGUGUGACAAUUGGAAAAGAUGUGGGCUGCGAAGUAAUUUCAGUAGAAAAUAAUAUAGUGUUAGAUUUAUAUAAAGAAUUAGUUAACGAUGGCUAUGUGGGUAUGAAAGAAGAGUUAAAACGUAAAUUUGAUACAAAUGAUGAUGAGAACGAGGACUGUAACCUUAAUAAGGUGUUGAAAACUGAAGUCAAUGUCGGUCCAAUUGCGCGCAAAGAUACUGCCGGGAGUGUAGCGGAUGCAUCUGAUGAUAUAAUGUCGCUUCUCUCAAUGCCAUCAACACGUGAGAAGCAAAGUAAACAAGUUGGUGAAGAAAUACUGGAGUUGCUAACUAAACCCACUGCCAAGGAACGCUCCGUUGCCGAAAAAUUCAAAUCGCAUGGUGGCGCUCAAGUGAUGGAAUUUUGUCCGCAUGGCACCAAGGUUGAAUGUCUCAAGGCGCAACAAGCCACUGCAGAAAUGGCUGCGAAAAAGAAACGAGACCGCAAACUAGAAAAUGCUGUUGCGAGGAAAACCAGUAGAGAUACAGAUGAGUCAAAUGCAGUAAAUAAUAUCGAAGAAACUGCGAUUCAGGCCGAUGCAAACUCGACAUCAGAUAGUAAUGGCAAAUCCAGCCCAAAGGAGGCAGAAGUCGAUUCUAAGGCGAUUGAUUCGGGUACAGAAGAUGGCGAAAUUGUUUCGGAAAAUAUUAGGGAAGGUGAAGCUGACUCUCAACAAUCAUCGGAGGAAUCAAUAGAGACGUUAGAUACGUGUACCAAAUUGCAUUUUAAAAAAAUCAUACAAUCACAUACCGACGAAUCUCUUGGUGACUGCAGUUUCCUAAAUACUUGCUUUCACAUGGCUACAUGCAAGUAUGUUCAUUACGAAGUUGAUACGAUACCGAAUAUCAACACUAACAAGCCAGUUGAUGUUAAAACUAAACUUUGUAUUAAACGAAGCAUUGACCCUAGCGUGACUUUAUAUCCACCGCAAUGGAUACAGUGUGACUUGCGUUAUCUGGACAUGACGGUCCUAGGAAAAUUUGCCGUAGUAAUGGCUGAUCCACCAUGGGAUAUACACAUGGAAUUGCCUUACGGUACAAUGUCAGACGAUGAGAUGCGUCAGUUGGGCGUACCAGCGCUGCAGGAUGAUGGGCUUAUAUUUUUAUGGGUUACUGGUCGGGCUAUGGAAUUAGGACGGGAAUGCCUAAAGCUUUGGGGUUACGAAAGAGUAGACGAACUCAUCUGGGUAAAAACAAAUCAAUUGCAACGAAUUAUACGUACAGGACGUACCGGCCAUUGGUUAAAUCACGGCAAAGAACAUUGUCUGGUUGGCAUGAAGGGCAAUCCGAAGAAUUUAAAUCGUGGGCUCGAUUGUGAUGUAAUUGUAGCGGAGGUGCGCGCCACUUCGCAUAAGCCUGAUGAAAUAUAUGGCAUCAUUGAACGCCUCAGCCCAGGUACACGUAAAAUUGAACUAUUUGGACGCCCACACAAUGUGCAACCGAAUUGGAUUACUUUGGGCAAUCAAUUAGACGGUAUUCGGUUAGUUGAUCCAGAAUUAAUAACACAGUUUCAAAAAAGGUAUCCCGAUGGAAAUUGUAUGUCACCAGCGGCAGCUGCUGGAGCGACUGGUCCAGCAACCACUAAUCCAGCAAGUGCAGCGAAAAAUUAAUUCUGCUAUUCAUUUCGGUUCACAUUCGGUUAAUAUGUAUUAGCAGCCAUGAAUAUCAAUUAACAAAAUAAAAAUAUGAAUAAGUAAAUGUAUGUACGUAUUACGUAGUAAGAAAAAAAAAAAACAGCAUUAAACUACAAUGGUCAAUUGAAACAUUUGAUUUAAGUUA